CGCCGCAGCCAAAAGCGGUCGCCCUCCCGUGGAGACAUGCAGGCUGCACUUAUUAAAUGUCGCAUCCAGGCAGUGAGAGUGGAGUGAGCUCAUUUUCGUUGCUCUCUCCGGGCAAAGCUCCUUCCCACUCGCUCGCUCGCUCGGCCUGAAGGAGCCGCUCUUGAAGGCCUGGGCGCUAGCUCACGGCCGGCAAUGUCGGCCAUUGUGCCCCCGCCGCCGGCAUUCCCGCCCCCGCAGGUGAUGUCGUACGGCGUGGCCGAGGGGGCGGCGGCAACGAGCGGCUCCUACGGUCCGGUGAUCGCCAUGCUGGCCAUCCUCGCCGUGCUCGCGGCGGUGGCCGUGGCCGUGGGGCGGCUCUGCUUCGGGCGCCGCGCGCUCGGCCGGGCCGGCGGCCACGACCUGGAGGCCUGGGUGGAGCGGAAGUGCGGGCCGUGCGUGGGCGCCGGCGUGCACUCCUCCGCCCCCGCCGGCGACCAGGCGAAGCAGGCGGAGGGUGACGACACGGCGGAGCUGCAGGAGCAGCCGCCUGAAGGAACGGAGCCAGGGGAGUGCAGUGGCAGUGGCAGUGCUGGUCGGUCCUGACCCCUGAGACCAAUUGCUCUUGCUGCACACUGUAAAUGGUUCCCUCAUUCUUCUCUUCGAAUUCGUUUUGGAAUUUUUC